CUAACUUUUGGAUUUGUAUUAACUGAUUUUUGUUAUGCCGGCUGUCUAUUUCGAGUGCAAGAAAUCUAUUUUUGUAAACACUUAUCUCUAGCAUCUGGGGCAGGAUCUUUGGUCAAGCGCGUAAAUUAGUUAAAUUGUAUGUGGCCAUGGAAUGUUUUUCACAAAUAUUCAGAUGACUUUUGUGUUUGGAAUGCAGAAGAUUUGGCGUUUCCAAUGUAUAGGAUCUCUACAGAAUAUUUUUGAAAAAAAUGGAUAUCUGAGCUAAUCUUUAGCCAGGAGAUGAUUCUUCUACUUCUCGCAAUGACUUCGGGAUUGGUAACAGCAGGAAAACACUGGCACAAUCAGGAACAACACCUUCACGAUAAUUUUGUGGAAGAGAGGGCGCCUAAGUCCCAUGUGAGUCGCCUGGAUGUGGUGUGCAGUAAAGAUCACAUGACAGUUCACAUGUCCUUCGAAGAACCCUUUUAUGGAGUUGUCUUCUCUCAUUCUAAUUCCCAUCAUGAACGGUGCACACAUGUUGGUCCUAGAGAAGGGGCGAAGGAUGCAUCAUUCCAAAUCAGAUAUGACAGUUGUGGAACUGUUGAAGAUUUAAGCGGCCAAUUUCACGAAAAUACAAUCAUCAUACAGUACGGAGAGGACAUUCUGGAAGCUUGGGACGAAGCGAAGCGACUCAGAUGUGAAUGGUUAGAAUCCUUCAAUAAAGAAUCUUCAAAACAAAAUCUUGCGAUAUCGGAUAUUGAGGUUGUUGAAUUGAAUUUUCAAGGUGACGAUAUCGAUUGUUGGAUGGAGGUACAAGAGGGUAAAGGACCGUGGGCGCGACCUGUUGGAGGAAUUGUGCCGAUUGGCAGUCCUUUGACACUUGUCAUAGCUAUUAACGAUAACAGCCGUGAGUUUGAUAUGCGAGUUAAACAAUGCACAGCUAGUGAUGGAUCUGGUUCUGAAAUCCAGCUCACCGAUCCAAGUGGUUGCGUUCUUCGACCGUCAUUGCUUACUCCUUUCGCCAAAAUUAGAGAUUUUGGAGGGAAAGCAACACUUGUCGCUUAUUCUCAUCUUUUUGCUUUCAAAUUCCCUGAUAAUCUAGAUGUGUUUGUGCACUGCCUUGUCGAGGUCUGUAGACAUGGCUGUCCUGAGUCUUGUGUUGGCAGGCUGCUCACAGAUUACCAUCCUCAUCUUAGAGAAAACUUACAUACUUUGGAAUCGAAGAAACACCAAAAAUUGAUCGAAUUAACGAAGUCAAAACCAUCCGUUCCUCAUCCACAACCACAACCACAGUUUCCACAGCCACCACACCCAGCAAAGACAGUUCCUGCUCACAAACCUGAGACUUCACAUCAGCGAGGACGUCCUCAGUAUCUAACUCAAAUACCAGCGCAUAUUUUACAGCAAUCGAAAUCUGGCGUUGAAAUAUCCUUGGACACUUUACUGUCGGCAGAGCAGAAAGCCCAUCGAACGUUUUCCAAGAAUAAUUCAGCCGCAUUACAUGAUAAAGAUACACCCCAUACAAAACACAUUGAAAUUGGAACAAAUUUAAGAGGUCAAAUAAACGAUGAAAACAAGAAUAAGCAAACCAAAUCCGAAAUAAAGAACUCCGCCAGUAACAUUCAUGAGAUAUCUGAAGAAGAACAUAGCCAUAUUCAUCACGGCCAUUCAGAUGUGAAACCUGUACCAAUAGGACAUUAUCAUCGAAUAAUUGGUCAUGACGCCCAUUGGAAUUCUGAAGAAGUGAAAUUAUUAGAUGAGCAAAAUCUCAAACAUUUCAUACCACCGCUGAAAGAAUCCCUGCAAGCAGUACCACAACCAGGAAAUACAGCUUGGUUUGCUGACGGAGAAAAAACUCUAAUAAAUGAGAAAGUUCUCCACCCUUAUCCAGGAUCAAAAAUCCCCAAUAAUCAUCAUAUUCCUUUUCAGAAAGAACCGGAAAUAUUACCUGUGGGACAUCAACACCCUUCUGUAUGGUCUGGCGAAGAAAUAAAAAUUCUAACCAAUGAGAAGGUUCUCCAUCCUCACCCAGGAUCGAAAAUCCCUAAUAAUCAUCACAUUCCUUUUAAGAAAGAACCAGAAAAAUUACCUCGGGGUCCUCAACCAGAACCUGCUGCAUGGUCUGCUGAUGAAGUAAAAGCAUUAACAAAAGAUGAAGCAUUUCCUCCUUUUCCAGGAGUUAACAUUCCUAAUAAUCAUCAAACACCAUUCAAAAUCAAGCAGCAAAAGUUACCUGUGACUGCUCCUCAGCCAGAGCCAUCAGCAUGGUCGGCUGAUGAAGUUACUGGAUUGACAAAACAAGAUAUAGUCCGUCCUCAUAUUUCUGAUCAUCACAUUGCUCAUUUCAAAGAAGAGCUUGGUCGUUUGGCCGUAUCAAAGGAAAUCUUUGACGAUCACAAACAUCACAUUGUACUUGUUGAAGAACCUAAACCUGAACCCGCACCAUGGACCUUUGAUGAAGUAGGACCAAUGCAUACACCAGGUUUGAUUCACAAACAUUUACAACAAAAAAAAGUUGAAGAACCAAAACCAGAACCAGGUCCAUGGACCUUUGACCAGGUGAAACCAUUAACUAAAGAAGAUUUAAAAGUACAUUCCUUAAAUUAUAAACUCAAAUCUCAUUCUCACCAACCACAUUCCUUACCAACAUAUAAAGAAUCAGUACAACCUGAUGUACCCAAGCCACCAAGUCCAAUUCCUGUUUAUAUUCCAAAGUAUACACCUGCCCCAGCAAAUAUGAAUAUGACUGGACCGAUGAUGAUGAAAAUGAUGAUGUCGAUGCCUACAUUAUUGCCAUUUACAUACCAAACAGCCAGAUGGCCACAGAAAACAACCGCUAGGCACUUGAAGACUGAUAAAAGAAAUUAUCCAUAUCCAAUACCUCAGUUUACUCACAGACAACAGAUGAUGAUGAGUGUCAUCGCUGACAGGAGAAUGGAUGGAGAUGAAGAUGAUUUGCAGUUCGAAAUGGAUCCUAGAUCUCAUGUUAGUUCAGAUGAGUUAAAUUCAACAAUAAAAAUUGGCGAAAAAUGGCCUCAUUCAGAUAAUUCUGAAACUGUGAAACUUGAUGAUGAAGGUAUUGCUACAACUCAGAUGACUGAUGACAACAAAGAAGAAUCAUCCGAUCAACAAAUGGCAACGUUGAGUGAUCACACUAAACCAGCAAAGGUCACAGAAGGUCAAACAGCAAUGAGGUCUCAUAUGAGCGAAAGUCUAGAUUUUUCUUCUAAUUCUGGAGCUAUUCGUCCACCCAUUUCUGGUUUUGUGCGGCCAGCUUUAGAUAUCGAUGAGCUGAACAAGCCUGAGUCCAAGGAUAGAUCUGCUCAUAAUCCUAGAGCUUUGAAUCGCAAGAGGCGAUCCUCAGAACCAGUGUUCGGUGUCAAGCAGAAAUUCCAAGCUAUUGCAUUGUCUGAUUUAGCUUUUGACUUGAAUUUCACCAGAGACAGCACGGCUGUUUUCAGAGGUAGAAGGGAAGAAAUAAUUUAUGGAAUCUGCAUGUCUCCAGCAAGCAUGAGUGCUGGUGUGGGAUUCAUUCUUAUUCUCACACUGUGUGCUUUAAUAGCUUCUCUGAUAUUCUACGAACACAGCUGGAGACUUGGGAAUAAGACAGCUCAUUUAUCCUUGUUGUCGAGAACUUUUAAUGGGAAUUUGGAACCUUUGUAUAGGGUUUCACGCUCACAUCCUAAUUCGAGUGUUAGAUAAAUAAGUUAAAAUAAACACUUCCUAAUUACUAUUAAGUAAUUCUGUUGUGAAAAAUGCAAUAUUUUAUUGGUACUUAAUGGCAGCGGGCUGCCUUUUUAAUUUAACAAUUUUCAUCUUAUGCACAAUGUAUGUUUAUUUUUUGCCAAAUCUUUAAGUGUUAUUUAGUAUGUGCACAUUGAAUAACUAUUACUUUGAUUCCUACUUUGGACUGAAAGGAAAUGGAACCAGUAUG